AUGGGUCAAUUGUUUGACCUAAUACAAUCAUUUCUGUCAAACUGUGAAUUGAAGGUCGUUCCCAACGGAUUCUCCUCCAGUUCCUAUCCCACGAACGCAGGUGUUCCUCAAGGCUCCAUCCUAGGCCCCACUCUAUUCCUUAUCUACAUAAAUGACCUUCCUGACGCCAUAAAUUCCCAAGUUGGCAUCUACGCGGAUGACACCACAAUUUAUUCCUGCCUCAAAAACAAAUCUAGUAAAUCCUUCCCUGACACUCAACUUCUCGAGAGCACCUCUCUGCGGCUGCUCGGUCUCAUGUUGACUACUGACCUGAGAUGGAACAAAUACAUUGAGUCAAUUGCUUUGUCCACAGCAAGGAAAGUUGGUUUCCUGUGCCGCGCCAGGAAAUUUUUCUCCCCGGAAUCAAUCCUCCAGAUCUACAAUCACUUUCUCACAGACGCGCCAUCGCCUCUCUCUGUCUGUUUUACAAAUACUUUCAUGGCAAUUGCUCCGAGGAGCUGCAUUCGCUGGUUCCCAGACUUCAUGAGUUCAAGUGCCCUACAAGGCUGGCAUCCCACUCUCACCCCUUCACUAUUGAAACUCCUAAAUGUAGCUGUCUCUUCUACUCCAAUAGCUUCAUGUCUCACACCUCUCGCCUGUGGAACUCCCUUCCCUAUUCCAGUUUCCCUGAGAGCUAUAAUCUUCAGCUAUUCAAAUGUAAUGUCAAUCAACAUCUCCAGUUGCCUUGAUCUAUCUACUACACUUCUCCUCAUCCUUUCUUCUAUCACUCCUAUCUGA